AUGGGCGUCAUCCGAUUGCCUCGCCCAAUGGGCAUAUAUGUCCCAAGUUCUCCACGAACACUCACCAACGACAUGAUCUCGCCGCCACUCUCUCCUGAAUUCAGCUUCGACUCUGACGCUGUCAUCCCCUCCCUCCUGCCAGCCCUUGAAUACGUAUCCUCUAAGCUGCAACAAAAGAUGAUGCAUGUCACACUCCUCGUUGGCCGUGGCAAACCCUAUCCCACCGGGGAGCCGUCCGAUCUCAUGAUCAUUCCAGUCACAUCCCUCGACUCUCCGUCGUGGAGAAUACUGGAACGGGCCAUCGCCAGGGCAGCAAAGAAGUUUUCCCUGGGCCAGAGCUGGACCGACGCGCUGAACCGCAGCCAGUAUGAACGCCAGGCCAAUGAGUAUCUCAUGGAACAGUCCAUCCUCCAGAAUGAGGUCGUGUUUAGCCAAGAGGGCUUGACCCUGCUCAAUAUGGACCGCAUUUACACCUUCAAACGCCGGCUCUGUAUCUUCUCUAACCGCCCUUUCUCCCGUACCGAUGACCAAUCCAUCAACUCUUGCGUGACAUUGCUGCACCGUAUCAUCACCGACUUCCAAGGCCGUCCCUUCAGCAAGGCAUUUUUCCACCGUGUCUAUGAGCAGCUGGAUGUCCGCGACGACCUUCUCACCCAGGUCGCCAGUGCCUACAGGACCGUCCACAAGCAGGAUGCUAUCAUUCUUCCUCCUCAGGCCAAGGCCGAACACUCUCAGGCUCGGAAAGAACACUCUCGGAAGUCGCCGAUUCGCCCUGUUCGUGUGCGAAGACAACCGCCACCGGCUAAGUCCAGUAUGUCGACUAAGCGUGGUCCCAAGACUCCACUGUCCGCCUCGGAUGUUACCCCCAUCACUCGGAAUGAAUGGAACAUCCUUGUGAGCACGGACAUUCGGCAGCUGCAGCCCACUGUCACCAAGUGGACGCCUUCGCCAACAGUAUUUGCUGUGGCGUGA